GGCGAGUGUUCACAGCACAGCGCGACAAGUUCCCACGCUAUGGAAGACCAACGUUUUAUCGCGUUCCUCCUCAGCCUUGCUGUUCUUGCGACAGCAGUCAUAAACAGUGGAUCUGUCACGGCACAUUCUACCUCUGGAGUUGAAACGACCGGCGUAGAAGGAAAGAACGCAAACGCAUAUGAUGAAGGAGCUAGAGACGACCUGUGGCCAGAAAAUUCUACGCAGCCAAACAGCGAUGAAGUGUCCUUGAAAGAAAGUGGUGAUUCCAUCGAUGACGUGCCCACGGGCCUGAACGAGGGUAAUUCAGUCAACGUAACAGUGGAAGAACCGGACAUCAACGGGACUACAACCGAAGCAACAAUGGACCUCGAUCAACUAGAACAGGAGAUUCACGACCUGAACAUGAAAGUACUCCAGUAUACUGAUUGGAGUGCAAAUGAUAAAAACAAUUAUCUGGAAGAAAGACCACAAACAGGAUUGUAA